AUCUCUCAUCUUAGGUCUUUCAAAAGGCACUUGCAAUGUGGUGGGAUGCGUCUGGCGCAGCGGUGUGCGCCAGAUGCUAUGAUUGGAGAGGGGCGUGGGGCUGGGGCAUAGAGACAACGACAGAGUCCAUUGUAGACGGCCGUGAGAAGAGAGGGGGUACUCCCCAACCCUUGUCUCUGAUUGAGGGUUUUAAUGCAGCCUUAUCUGAUUGUGAGCUCUUUGAUCUUGGCAUGCAUGGUUAUCCCUUUACAUGGGAACGUGGUAGAGGGUCGACGAGUUGGGUUGAAGAGAGGCUUGAUAGGGCAGUGGCUUCAGGUGUUUGGAAGGACCUUCAUCCUCAUGCGUCGGUGUUUAACCAUCCUAUGAGGCGGUCUGACCAUUCUGCUCUUCUUCUGAUGACAUCAAAGCCCAGCUACCCUGUAAGGCGGGUUCGGCGUUUUAUGUUUGAAAAUGCAUGGCUUCGUGACCCAGGGUAUAAGGAAGCGUUAAGAUCAGCUUGGGGCUCACCAGGGGAGCUACCGUUUUUGGAGAAAUUGUCCCGUUGUGGUCAGCGUCUUCUUGCAUGGGGAGGCGACCGUUUUCAACAAUUUGGUCGUCGAAUUCAGGUUCUCAAAAGGCGAGUGGAGGAGUUACGGGACAGGCAUGACGAAGGGGGGGUGCGAGAGUUAUGUGAAGCAGACAGAGAGCUUGGUUCUCUCUUAGACCAAGAGGACUCAUAUUGGAGGCAAAGAGCAAAGCAACACUGGCUUCAGUCGGGCGAUGCUAAUACUCGGUACUUCCACCAAUAUGCAUCACAUCGAAGGAAGAAAAAUCAUAUUUUGAAACUUAAGGAUGGGACAGGCAUUUGGCGUGAAGGUUUGGAUCUAUCAGGGGUUGUGUGCCAGUACUAUGAGGAGCUUUUUCAAUCAAAAGGUGUUGAGGAGUCUGACUUCUUUAGCUCGGUCUCACCUCGGGGGCUUUGUGAGAAGAUUGAACGGCUGAUGAAUUCCUUUUGGUGGACAAGCAAGGGUUCUAGUUCUACCGGUAUUAGGUGGAUGUCGUGGAACCGUUUAUCUGUGCCAAAGAAAUUUGGAGGCAUGGGUUUUAAGCAACUUCAUAGUUUCAACGUGGCAAUGCUGGGGAAGCAAGGGUGGAGGCUUCUUACCCAACCUGAUGCGCUCGUUUCUCGUGUGUUCAAAGCAAGUAUUCUCAAGGCACAACCUUUGAUCCGACAAGGCGUGCGUCGUAGGGUGGGGAAUGGUAGAAACACUCUUGUGUGGGGGUCCCCCUGGCUCUUGGACUCAGACAACCCAACCAUUAUGACCGACCAGCAGUUUAUGCCUAACUUCCCAGUGAAUUUUCUUAAGGAUCCAGUUACUGGUGGCUGGAACGAGUCGCUGUUACAUUCCUAUUUCAAUGCUAGAGAUGUUAUGGAGAUCCUGCGUGUGCCUUCAUGCCCUUCUCGUGAGGAUCUGUGGUUCUGGUCAAGGUCUCCUCAUGGACACUACUCUGUUAAAGAUGGCUAUCGUCUGCUUCAAGGGGAGGUUGUUGCUGAGUCUACUGGUUUCUCAGCCUGGAAUAAGCUUUGGCGUAUUCCGAUAGAAACAAAGGUAAAAGUGGUUAUUUGGCGGGCUCUUCGGGGUAUUUUACCAACUAUCUCUUCUCUCAAUUCCAAAGGGAUGGAACUGGACAACUUAUGCCCAAUAUGUGGGGAAGAGGGGGAAACUACUGAUCACAUUUUUGUUUUUUGUUCUUAUGCUACGGCUAUUUGGGAAGGGGUUGGAGUUCAGGUUUCAAGAGUAGCCGGGGGUUCUUUUAUACAUUUUUUUGAAGGGCUUAUUGGUUCAAGGUCAAUGGGAGAGCUUAAAGUUAUUGCAUAUGCAGUUUGGGCUUUGUGGAAGACUCGUAAUGCAGCAGUUUGGGAUGGAAGGGUUUCGCUGCCGGCAGUAACUAUUCGGUUGAUUAAGUCAUUGGUUGAACGUUGGCCGGACAGCCGUUUGGGGCAGCAAUUGACUCCGCCGUCUAGCUCUAUUCUAGGGCAGCAAAGUUCAGGGCAGGUGCAACAUUGCUUUGUUGAUGCCGCUUUGUUUCCUCAGGUCGGAGAGGUAGGAUUCGGUGCUGUUCUUCUUGAUCCAGGUGGUAGGUUUGUGAAAGCAUUUAACGGUACUAUUCCGUGUUCCCAAGAUCCCCUUCUAGCAGAAGCAAUAGCGGUUAGAGAGGCUUUGGCUUGGUUAAAGAGAGAGGCAUGCUUGGAGGUGCAGCUUUUUUCUGAUAGUUGGAUGGUGGUGAAUGCCAUCAACCACGUCACCGUUUCUCGCUCGUACUUUGGGGAGGGUCCAAUGCGAAAAGUUUAUCGGGAGGAGGAGCCACUAUAUUCGUCGUCUUGCCCUCUCUUUCCCGUCCACAGUCCAGAGCUUCCCCUCGAUCUCCAUUUUCUCUCUGAAACUAUUUCUCUCAUUUUUUCUCUGAAACUAUCUUCUUUCAGACACACACUCUUCGUGAAAAUGAAAAAGUGGUACACCUUCAGUGCUGUGAGAGAGAUGGCCGAGCUUUGGGCUAAGGACGCCGGCGGAAAAGGACAGAACUUCCGGCGAAAGUUGUGGGGAACACUCUCAAAGGCCGGGUUGAUCGCUGGAACGGCUGAGAGCAUGGACCAGAUCGGCGGCGCGGUUGCUUCAUCUACUAAGCACGGCUUCCGUAAGACGGUUGAGAGCAUUCGUUCGCGAUAUGAGGCACAUCCCUCAACCGCGGAGAUGUUGGCGCGCAUCGAUGCAAAUGUGCUGAAGCUGUUGGAGUACUACAAAAGCAUGGAAAGACAUUCGAAAGAGGAUGGGCGUCAGGGCGGCGGCGGCGGCGGGAGCCUUCCGAUCAAAGGCGGCGGCAGCAGGGGAGGUGCUGAAGAGGAGAAGAAGAAUGGAGAAAAGGGCUCCGGGGGAGGGCCUGAUGAGAAGAAGAAGAAUGGAGACAAUGGAAAAAAUGGCGGCGGUGGAGGAAACGGCGGCGGCGGCGCCAAGGAGCCCAGCAAUGGUCACAAUGGUGCGGAAAAUGGGGGGUCUGAUGUUCCCCCGCCGUUCCCCUUCGAUAUGGACCUCUACUGAGUAGUCAAGAGCCGCAGGAAUAAAUGCAGAUAUCGAUUGUGGGAAUGAAGAAGAAUAAUUUUGGCUUUUUUGUUUCAUUUCCUCGGAUCUGUUUUUUUUUAAAAGCUUUGGCAGGAGUUGUUUGAAUGAAUGAAUGAAUGAAAAGGAACUAU